AUGAUUGGUGGUGAACAACAAGAUCAGCCUUCAUCGGCUGGAUCUCAAAUAAGUUUGGAACGUAAGCUUGAUCUUUUGGAAUCCAGGUUUACGCAGCCAACUGUCCAAACCAAUGAUAAUAAGUCUUCUGAUAAGAAUGUCCAAUCUUCGCUAACUCCGUCUUGGGGGAACCAAGACAAUCUGAUAGAGAGACCUUCACCUGCUUUUACUACGUCUACUCCAAAGCCGUCUACGAGUACCAGCAGCAAUCUCGUCAGCGGAAGGAUGUCACCACAUCACAAUUCCAAUAGCCAACAUUCCUUUCAGUUUUCCCGACAUCAGAGUUCACCUCAUAACUCGAAUCCACUUCCACAGUCGGCCGUCCGAUCCAGGCGGCGGCUUUCUUUGCAAAGCACCAGCUUUCAAUCUGUUGCCCAGGCGGCAGCUCGCCAUAUGCGAAAAGUUGCUGCCGCAUCUCCAGUUCACGGCUUAUCAUCUAAUAACCCUCAACAACAGACUCAACUUGAUGGUAGCCCACUGAGCAGCAGCAGUAACUCCAAUGCCACCAUGAUCACGAGCAACCAAAGACACAAGACGACAGCAAGUCAACAAAAUGCUGAGCAGCGAGUGGUGGCGGAAUCGCCACCUGUCAUUGUCAGUCCGCUCAACAAUUCCACGCCCGUUCGCAAACCAAACAAACCCAAUGCGGUCCGCCACCUAAUGAUGGCUGGCAAUGCUGCUGCCUCUCCCACGAGAACCAGUCCUCGUACCAAAAAGGGCAUCAUCAAAACGGGAAAUAAUGACGACGCUGCUGCUAAUGAGCCGAACAUUAUGACACGAUCGAGAAGCACUGAAAGGUCCUCACCUGUGAAACCUACUUCGUCAUCAACGCGACGAAAGUCUGCGCCCAAGCGGAAGGUAUCUUCCAUAAAGGAGGCCACGGCUGGAAACUCCGCUACGGCAACUCCCGAACCAGCCAAGCGCACCAAGCUGGACGAAACUGUAGCCAUCACUUCGACGAGCAAUCUUUCCAACAAGUCCCCCUUUCGACCUGUUCUCUCGGAACUAUCUCGAGACAAGAGCAAUCUCUCUGCGAAAUCGUCUCGACAAUCCAAAGAAGCGGCAGGAGCACCGGCCAACAAUCGAAGGAUUCAAGACUUUUUCAGCGUGACCACCAACAAGGAUGGUACUUCUGCCAGCAACAAUGCUGGCAACAAGACAUCAACAACUACUAUUAAUGCUACGACCGCUUUCAAAAAGAAAGCUACCAAGUCACCAUCGUCGUCAUCCUCCACUCCAUUGACUGUUCCGUCCAAGCGAGUCACUCGAUCGCAAAAAGACAUUGAUUGGGAGGCCAAGUGUCAAAAGAUUGAACUUUUGUUGCACGAAAAGGACCAACAGCUCAAAGCAGUCACCAACAACCGCACGAUUAUCCACACUACUCUAAAGGCCGAAUUGGACAAGAAAGCAAAGGAGCUCGAGACAAUUCGACAGACUCAAAAGUCCAAGAAUGCUCACGUGACCAAGGAAUUGGAAGACUUGUUGAGAUGGAAGUCGUCUCAGCAACAAAAGGAACUCAAGGAGAAAUUGGCGACAGAUGGUGCGAGAUUGGGGCGGAUUGUGGUGAGCAAGGUGGGGAUGCGAGCAUUUGAAUCAUGGGAAGAAGGGUCCGCGACACAUGAUCUGGAGGAUCGCAAAAAGGAGCUGCAAGAGCGACAAAAACUCUUGAAAGCACGAUGGAAAGAGGUGGCCACUCAUGAUAAUGAUGCUACAUCGUUGGAACAACUCGAGGCCAGGGAAAGUGUGCAACGACACCUUUACAAUUGCGAGUUGGAGGUAAAGGAACUGGCGCACGAAGAACAGGCACUCAACGAUGAAAAGGCGGCUCACAUUCGUUUAUUGAAACGAGUGGCCAGCGAAGAUGCAUCCCGGUUUCGAUCGAAACCAAAGCUGCAUGGACGCUAUGUGUUGCACAGCCUUCUUGGUAAGGGCGGAUUUUCAGAAGUUUGGAAGGGAUAUGAUCUUGUUGAGCUACGAGAAGUUGCCGUCAAGAUCCACCAACUUGAUCCGAGAUGGCCAGAUUCGAAGAAAGAGAACUACACCAAACAUGUGUCAAGAGAGUACGAAAUUCAUCGCAGUGUUCGCCACCCUCGCAUCGUCAGCUUGUUCGACGUUUUCGAAAUCGACAACAAUUCCUUUGCGACAGUCUUGGAAUGCUGCAAGGGAACAGAUCUGGAUGCGCUGCUGAAAACCAAGAAACGACUACCUGAACGUGAAGCUCGGGCCAUUCUAUUGCAAAUCCUCCGGGGCAUGAGGUAUUUGAGUGAGCCCAGCGACAACCGACAGGGUAUCAUCCACUAUGAUUUGAAGCCAGGCAACAUUUUGUUUGAUAAAAUUGGUGAUGCCAAGAUCACUGACUUUGGUUUGAGUAAGAUUAUUGAUGCUGCUGAUCCUGGGGACAGUAUGGAAUUGACAAGCCAAGGUGCAGGUACCUACUGGUAUCUUCCACCCGAAUGUUUCAUCACUAACGAAAAAGUGCGUAUCAGCAACAAAGUUGAUGUAUGGUCCAUUGGAGUCAUUUACUAUCAAAUGCUCUACGGCGUAAGACCCUUUGGAGAGGGCGUGUCGCAGGAUCGCUUGCUUAGGGAAAACACAAUGCUGAAUGCCGAUCAAGUGGAGUUCCCAGAACGCGUCACCGUGUCCAAAGCUGGGAAGAAUUUCAUUCGUCAAUGCCUACAGUAUGACCAGGCCUUUCGACCAACCAUUGCACAACUUUGUGAGAACAAGUAUGUUCUGGAAGAGGCAUUCUAA